CUAAUCUACACCAAUUUAAUCCAGGCCAAUCAGAUUAGGACUUGUUCUCUCUUUCAUUUGGCUUCAUUAAAACGGCUGUUAGCAUGCGGCUAACUGCUCCUUCAUGGAACUCAGGAAAAAAUCAGAAACUAAACGUUUUGCAUCACCAUGGAGAAUCUAUGCUCAGAUUCUAUAAUCUGGGAUUAAGAUCUGAUGGAUGGAAAGGUUGAUGAAUCUUUUCAGCGUCUGGCUCUCCAAUGCGCUGAUGUGUUAGCUCCCUGUGUGACAUCAGCGCUGCAGUGAAUGCUGGGAGGUGUAGUUUGAUCUCAGCGACCAACUUUGUUUGCAUAAAAUGUUGACUUAACUCCUAAACCUCUGUGUGAUAAACUAAACCCUCUUCCUUUGAAACGUCUUGGCUCCUCCCAUCAUCCUCAUCUUCCUCCUGGCUUAUCACCUCAGCAACAACGACGACGAGGACCUGAGCCCCGAGCAGAAGAUGGAGAGGGAGCGAGAGCGGCGGAUGGCCAACAACGCUCGGGAGCGGCUGCGCGUCCGCGACAUCAACGAGGCGUUCAAGGAACUGGGCCGGAUGGUGCAGCUGCAUCUGAAGAGCGACAAGCCGCAGACCAAGUUACUGAUCCUGCACCAGGCGGUCGCCGUCAUCCUCAGCCUGGAGCAGCAAGUCCGAGAGAGGAACCUGAACCCCAAGGCAGCCUGCCUGAAGCGCCGCGAAGAGGAGAAGGUCACAUCAGAUGGGACCCCCCUCUCGCUGGCUGCCGCCCACCACGCCGCCGCCGCCGCCAUGGGCGAUGGACCAAACCCCAUGGGACAAAUGUAAACCGCAGCAAACUCUCCUCCCCCCUGAAUGGUCCAAGGUGCCGGAGUUCAUCAGGAUGAUGAGUGACCACUUCCUCUGACGGCGUUUUCCACCCAAACCCGCCAAACAAUCACAGUCGCUGUCACUCCAGCCCGACCAAGUAGUUCCUGUGGAAGUCAGAACCGCCGUCGCCUCCGACUCUCCUCAUCGCCAUCGUCGUCCUCUUCCUCUCCUCCUUCGGUCCAGAAAACGUGGAACUCAGAGUCGCAUUUUGUGGCUUUUUGGUGUCUUUUUAUCUCCAGCUGAAGCGAACUGGAUGUUUCUGAUGGGAGACGUUGGACCGGCUGCUGCAGACGGCAGCGGACUCGCUUCUCUGGAAACGCUUCAUGUUUUAUCAGCAUUCCCAACACAAAAGGUUCUAUAUGGAUAAAUAUAGUAAAUUUACAUAUAUAUUAUAUGUGUUUAAGAAAAGAGAAAAUGUAUAAAAAGUUGGAUUUGACGCAGGCAGCGAGGACGGUUGGGGUUAAGGAGGUCAGAACGGAGCAAAACAUAUCACACGCUGCGUUUAAAUGCAGCGACCGAACGCAGAGAUCGAAUGCCUUCAAACGCCGUCUUUGAACGCAGCGACUGAACGCAGAGUUUGAACGCAGCGGUUGAUUGCAGCGUUUAAACACAGCGACUGAACGCAGCGUUUAAACCCAGCAAUCAAAUGCAGCCUUUGAAUACAGCGACUAAACGCAGAGUUUGAACGCAGCGUUUGAUCGCAGCGAGCAAACACAGCGACUGAAUGCAAUGUUUAAACGCAGUGAUCAAAAGCAGCGGUUGAACGCAGAGCUAGUUCGCAGCUUUUAAACGCAGCGAUUGAACGCGGUGUUUGAUUGCAGUUUGAUCACAGCCGUCGAAACCAACAAUCGAACACAGCGUUUGAACACAGAGCUAGUUCGUAGCUUUUAAAAGGAGCGAAUGAAGGCUGCGAUCGAACGCAGUCUUUGAACGCAGCGGUUGAUUGCAGCGUUUAAACCCAGCAAUCAAAUGCAGCCUUUGAGCACAGCGACUAAAC